AUGGCUAUAUUAAAAAUGCUGAAGCGUACCCUGUGUAGAAACAUUGCAACAAGCGGAUCGAGAUUCGUGGGCAUCAUAGGACCCUUAACAAUUCCACCACUACAGAUUGCAAUUUUAUAUUAUUUCUGGCAGGAUUAUUCGAGGGUUGUGGACAAGCGGUACUGUUCCUGCUCGUGUUGGGACACUGUCUUUAAAGGUUCAUACGAAUCCGGCAUCGCUCCUUACAAACACAUGUACUUUAAUGCUACUUCAAAUAUGUUGAAAAUAUGGAUACUCAUUGUCAUUGGAGUAAUUGUGUUUUACGAAACAAUGAAACAUUUGGCGAAACUGGCUAUCAAACAGAGACUAAGACAAUCUAUGAUGCUCCUCUUUUCAACUUCUCUGUUCUCCAAUUAUUACUCAUGGUGGGUCUAUAUUAAUUAUUGGAACGACGACUUCUACUCUCAGUGGUAUCACCAGUUGUUUUUUACAAUUACUGAAUUAAUAUCUACGGCUUGGGUUGUCUCCCUUGCGGAUAAGAAAAAUCCAAUCACACACAGAAAGGCUUUCGGCAUUGCUGCGAUAGCCUUUUUACAUAUUGUGGCUGGUGGGUGGGAUCAGUUCUUUGAAAAUGUCGUUAGAGGAGAGGGUCACGCACACCAGGUCAUACGCGAUUUGGGUUUCAUGAUACCGGAUAUUCUCCAAGUCAUCAUUCCAUUAUGGCUGAUUAAACGGGAAAGUAUUUAUAAUAUCCAUCUUCCUAACUCAUUAGCGUAUAUGUCAAGUAUUGUGAUGAUCGGAUUGUGCAUUUGGUCAUUUCUGUUGUAACGAUAUCAUUAAGGAUAACAUAAUAAUGCGUAAUAGGCAGCAACAAAAUGAUUGAAAAAUCAACAAUAUUGUCAUGU